GACUCCGGUCCGCUGUGAUCCAGUCCGGUUUCCGGUCCGUCCCUCCCAGAAUCCGGCGCUGUGAUUGGACGCUGGCUGCUCGUCAGAAAGAAAGAGCUGCUGUGUUGAGGCCGAACUCAGACACGCGUCCAGGACCAGGACCAGGACGAACUGGAAUACCCGAGUGGAAGGGAUCUGUACGGUACCGGCGGCUCGGAGGCAUCUUACGGACCGAGUCUGAGCGGAGCUGCCGCGGGUCUUUGGUACUCGUCUCUCCGCCGCGUGCCGCUGUGUUUGGGUCACAGAGAUCCAGAUCCGCCGCCGUGUGGCCCGUCUCAGACCAAGUCUGUCCGGAGCCGGAGGACCCAGGUCGACUCCUCCGCUGGCGCCGGAGGCUGCCGAACCGGACCGACAGCCCCGCAGAGCUCAGCCUGGAUGGAUCCUUCAGCGCCGCUUCAUUUGCGUCAGAACAGCGGAAAGAGUGAGAGAACUGCGGCGGUCUCCUGUUGAACCCGCAGACCCGGACUGCGGAGGAUCCGCAUCAGUGCAAUGAAUCACCCUGGACAGCAGCUGCUACCCACAUAGAGGUCCCUUUACCUCUCUUUCCUUGUACUUUGCUCUGGAGGAUGCUGGGAAUGUGUCGCGGGCGCAGAAAGUUCCUGGCGGCCUCUCUUGGCUUGCUCUUCAUCCCGGCACUCACCUGGCUUUACCUGUCAGUUGGGAGUUUUCAAGUGAAGCCCCUCCCACUCUCUCCAUUGGAAACUCAGUCGUCGGCCCCGGUGGGCGGAGCCGGUGAGCGACAGGCCUUAGAGCUGAGGGUGCGGGCCGUGGAGGAGGAGAACCGGGCGCUACGCCGGGAGCUCAGCCGACCUCCUAGGAACCCCUCCGCUCGCCUGCCAAACAGCGCCCACCCAGGGAACCAAAGCCGGACCCACUCGGAGGAGGGAACCGGUGACAACGAGGGCCAGAAGCAUGCUGCCGUGGGAAACAGCUCAGACUGCAUCCAUCAGCCUGUGGUGGAUAAGUGUGAGACCAUCCAUGUGGCCAUCGUUUGUGCAGGUUACAACGCGAGCCGAGACGUGGUGACGCUGGUUAAAUCUGUCCUCUUCCACAGGCGGAACCCUCUUCAUUUCCACUUUAUCACCGACUCCAUCGCCCAGCAGAUCCUGUCCUCUCUGUUUCACACCUGGAUGGUCCCCGCUGUCAGAGUGGACUUCUAUGAUGCCGACGAGCUGAAGUCUGAGGUCUCGUGGAUCCCUAACAAACAUUACUCUGGGAUCUACGGCCUGAUGAAGCUGGUGCUCACCAAGACGCUGCCUGCAGACCUGCAGAGAGUCAUCGUUCUGGACACUGACAUCACUUUUGCCACCGACAUCGCUGAACUCUGGGCCGUCUUCCACAAGUUCAAAGGUCAGCAGGUUCUGGGUCUGGUAGAGAACCAGAGCGACUGGUACCUGGGGAACCUGUGGAAGAACCACCGACCCUGGCCGGCUCUGGGGCGAGGCUUCAACACAGGAGUUAUUCUGCUUCUCCUGGAUCGGCUCCGGAAGCUCAGAUGGGAGCAGAUGUGGAGGCUGACUGCAGAAAGGGAACUAAUGAGCAUGCUGUCCACCUCCCUGGCCGACCAGGACAUCUUCAACGCUGUGAUCAAGCAAAACCCGUUCCUGGUUCACCAGCUUCCCUGUUUCUGGAACGUCCAGCUGUCGGACCACACCCGCUCCGAGAAGUGCUACAAAGACGUGUCGGACCUGAAGGUCAUCCACUGGAACUCUCCCAAGAAGCUGCGUGUGAAGAACAAGCACGUGGAAUUUUUCCGGAAUCUCUAUCUAACCUUCCUGGAGUACGAUGGGAACCUGCUGCGACGGGAGCUGUUCGGCUGUCCGAGCGAGGCCGACCACAACAGCGAAAACCUCCAGAAGACUUUGUCCGAGCUGGAUGAAGACGAUCCAUGCUACGAGUUUCGUCGAGAGCGGUUCACCGUCCACCGAACGCAUCUUUACUUCCUGCACUACGAGUAUGAGCCCAGCUCUGACAACACCGACGUCACCCUGGUGGCCCAGCUCUCCAUGGACAGGCUCCAGAUGUUGGAGGCCAUCUGUAAGCACUGGGAGGGCCCCAUCAGCUUGGCCCUGUACCUGUCGGACGCUGAAGCCCAGCAGUUCCUUCGAUACGCUCAGGGAUCCGAAGUGUUGAUGAGUCGUGGUAAUGUAGGUUACCACAUCGUCUACAAAGAGGGACAGUUCUACCCGGUCAACCUCCUGAGGAAUGUGGCCAUGCAGCAGGUCAACACCCCCUACAUGUUCUUAUCCGACAUUGAUUUCCUGCCCAUGUAUGGCCUCUACGAGUACCUAAGGAAGUCUGUGGUCCAGCUGGACAUGGCCAACACCAAGAAGGCGCUGGUUGUUCCAGCCUUUGAGACGCUGCGAUACAGACUUUCGUAUCCAAAGUCCAAGGCGGAGUUGCUAUCCCAGCUGGACAUGGGGACCCUCUUCACUUUCAGGUACCACGUGUGGACUAAAGGCCACGCACCAACUAACUUUGCUAAGUGGAGGACAGCCACCACCCCAUAUAGGGUGCAGUGGGAGGCAGAUUUCGAGCCCUACGUGAUGGUGAGGAGGGACUGCCCGGAGUACGACCGCCGCUUCGUGGGCUUCGGCUGGAACAAGGUGGCUCACAUCAUGGAGCUGGACGCCCAGGAGUACGAGUUUGUGGUUCUGCCCAACGCCUACAUGAUCCACAUGCCUCACGCACCCAGCUUCGACAUCACCAAGUUCCGCUCCAACAAGCAGUACCGGGUCUGCCUGAAGACCCUGAAGGAGGAGUUCCAGCAGAACAUGUCGCGCCGCUACGGCUUUGCUGCCCUGAAGUACAUGACAGCUGAGAACAACAGCUAGCCUCCACCGCAAACCCUCAGACCCCCACCACCCAACUACUGACACUUUCCAUGGGUUGGGGGGUUGGGGGUGGAGAACACAGACGUGGGGCUCCAUGGAUCCUGGAACUGGAGUCCUUCAGACUUUUGUCAGAACAUGUGACCGCUCUGUGUGACUGGGGGGUCUUUAUGUCCAUGCUUUGUUCUCUGCUGUGGGUGGUGGAGAUGAUCCAGCUGUGUGGGCCCAGAGCUCCAGCUGUGCAGCCUAAUGGGCAGCGUUUCAAUGCCUCGCCAUGUUUGUGAAUGAACGUGUGUGUGCAGGUGGAUGAAAUGUGUGUGUGUUCCUCCAGUACUGUGCUUUACAGAAACCUCAAACCUAGAUGAACAGGUGGAGGGUUGAAGCUUUCAGCGUGUCCUAGCUGACAGAGCUGGAGCGUGUCGCUGUCACGGCGACGCGAGCAGCCAGUCGGCCCGCCAUCUGCUGCCGUGACUCACCCGGACCAGGACGAAUCUCCUCCUCUCAUGAUGGUGUGAGGACAGCUGCAGGUUGCAUUCAGGGCUGCGCCACCUCAGAUCCCGACACAGCUGCUGUUUGAAUAUUUGAAUCUGAUCCCAGUCCAGUCUGCACAAACCUGCUGGAGUCAGAAACAAGGUCUGGUUGUCAGAAAGCAGACCUCCUGUCACAUUCAGCUGAAACCUGAUUAUCAGCAGUUACACUGAGAUUAUUGAUCAUGUUCAGAUGGAAAAUCUGACUUUAUUAUUAUAGUUGGUGAGUAGAAAAGUAAAACGUCUCAGAAUUAAUCACAACUGGAUAAAAGUCAUCCAGUAUUGCUGUGAAAACUGCAGCUGCAGGGAAUUGUGGGUCAGAAAAGAUGCUCCAGUGUUUCCUAAAGAAGACGAUGAAGGAAGCUCCUUCCUGCUCACCCACUCACAGUAGGUUGAAUCUGAGUCUUUACUUAUUGAUGACAAAAACUCCACGUUCUGAGGUUCUGAUUUUUACAAAUAAGUUAAUCCAUCAGAUUUUAGAAAAGAAUGUGCAGAUGAUUGAGUCAUCCUCCAGUCAGGACAGGAAACAGGAAGUUCUGUCCAGAUUUCAUGAGCUUCGUGACUGGAGGGGAAGGAGGUGUUGGAUGUCCGGUUCUCCAGAUCAAUAGCACCCGCUGCGAGCUGAUUCACUAACUCAUGGUCUUAGCGAGCUGUCGCUCUGCUUCCACCAUGCGAGGCAGUCGGAGGUCAGACUGAUCCCAGAUCUGCUGCAGCAGCUUCCAGACGUCAGCGGUUAAGCCUGCAGGAACGAUGCUGAAUGUCAGAGCGUAACUUCUUCUACUCUCAUCCCGAGAAGCAGAUCCUGUAGAGUCCUCUUCCUCACAUCCACCACUCACUGAGGAGGAGAUUUCAGCUCAGUCAUGUAUCACAUGACAGCGUGACGCUAUCAGUUGGACUGUCAGAAGUUUGAGGAAACUAAGAUGUCACUGUUUGCAGCAGCCACAAACCCGGAGGCUUAGGGCCCCGAGGGGCCUGGUGGCCCCUGGUCAGGCGCAUAGGUCUGUAUUCAGAGCUCAGGGGAAGAUGUGCUGCUGUAUGUUUGUUAGUCUCUGUGUACAUGAAGCUGCAGGAGGACUCUGUGUGUGUGUGACGUUUGGUGUGUGUGUUUGGCUCUGCAGGGUGGAGGUCGGACGGAGCUGACUGAAUCUACUGCCUGAAUAAAAGCAACGAGUCAAACACUG